UAUCCAGCGGGCGGCCCAAAUUGAUCAUCCAACAGACUCUGGGUCAAGCGCAUGGUAAACACUUGAACCUGGGCCCGCCCAUAACACGGGGCCCAGACCACUUCAACCCAAAAGACAGCUGGUAGAGCCAAUCCGCAGGAGGAAACUCAGCUGAAGAACGGAGAUGAAGCCGAAAAAAGGGGAUCGCGCCAUCGAUGGAGUGGACUCCCUUUGAUUAUAAUUACCUUAAUUAUCAAAAACCCAUCGUGACGGAGGCGAAGGCCCUCAUCCAGAGUGUUGGGAUCACUGCAGAGCAGUUCAAGGAGGUGUUGGUGGCCUUGACCCCAAAUCGCGAGGUUGUGGUGGAAGACGCGACUGGUGAACCCGCAGGAGGAAAGGCUGGACCUGCGGGCUCGGGGGGAAAGAAGAAGAAGAAGGUAAGGCGGUCCCAAAAGAAAAAGGCGACCAAGCCCAACGGUAAGGCGAGGGUAGAGGACGAGUUGUUUAGAUUGGACGAGGAAGAUGGGUCGUCCUCCUUUGAGCGGGUGUCAGCCUUCAAUCGGUUGGGGGAUCCCAAAUCAAAGAAGCCCCGAACCUCAGCAUUCGAUUGGCUGCAGGACACUCGGUCAGCUCGCAAGGGAGACCUGAGAGAGACACUCCAGGAGAGGAGUGUCCUCAGCAACCUCUUAAAUCGGCUCAGAAGAGCGACGAAAGGCGAUCGAGGACAAAGAAGCGGUCGAGUUAUGGAGGAUACCCCGCAGGUCAAAUCAUACAACAGGAAGACUGAUCCUCAGGAUCACCUCGCUCGCUUCGGGGCGAAUGUGGUUUUGUAUGCGUACCACGAAGAGAUUAAAUGCCGAUGCUUCCUGGCGACGUUGGAGGGACGAGCUUGUGAAUGGUUCCAUAAGUGGCCCAAAGGGUCAACCGACAAGUGGAGCGACCUGGCCCACAAAGUUUUGAAGCACUUCGCAUCUAGCCAAAGACAGAAGCUCCCGUUCUUGCACUUGCUCAAUGUUAAAAUCCGGAAGGGGGGGCAGCUUUGGGAAUUUAUCAACAGGUGGGAGAAAGAGGCUAGGGACGUCCAAGGGGCGGACGACCAGGCCUUGAUCACCAUGCUCCAAGCGGCACUCCCUCAAGGGGAUGUGCGUGAGGAGCUGCGACAGAAUCCGCUCUCGACCUACCAGGAGAUGCUAGCCAGGGCGAAGUAUCUGGCAUUGGAAGAAGAAGAUGACGAGCCACCCGUCCGAAAGAGGAAGAAGAGCGGACAACCAGUGGCAGAGGGAAGAAAGAGGAAGGAUUUUGGUAGGGGACCAAACCCUACAGGAUAUCAGGGGAGCAGACAGCUUGUUCAUGCGGUACAGUCCCUGCCAGCCCCUCCCUGAAGUCGAAAAAGCUACAGCGUCCAAGACGCACCCAAGUACUGCGAAUACCAUCGUAACACCACCCACAACACGUUUGGUGGUCCCAAAGUGAUGAGAUACAAAGUCUAGAGGGGGGGUGAAUAGACUUUGUUACAGGUUUAAAAUCUUUUUUGUUUCUUUUGAAAACGAGAAAAUGAGUGUUAAUCUAGAGUCCUUGUGAACUUUAGAUUGUGUGCGGAAUUUGGUGGGUGGAGUGAGCAGUAAUCAAUAUGGAUAGGUUAG